AAAUAUCGAACACGGAAUUAAAUGUGAACGGCUGAAGAACGUACUGUGAUAUAUGAUCGGGUAGUGACAACAUACACAUGUGAAACCCCGAUCGCUGCAGCGACCUCUGAUAAAGUGAUCCGCGUGAAGGCGUAAAGUGAAAGACGUUUAUUUCCUGUUUGCGUUUGUUAGCGCGCACCACGCCUGCACGUGGCUGUUUGUUUUUCAAUAUUGGACCUUUAUAACUCCGGACCGAGCUCCGUACACACGGAGACACACAUUACUAGGAGUAAGAUGGCUUUUUCGAACCUGUUCUCGAGGCUCUCCGCUGUGGAUGAAGGUGUGAAGAGUGCGGGUCAGCCUGCCGUCACGCAGCGGAAUGAGACUGGGGGAGGUGGAAAAAAGAGGAAAACGCAGUGCGAGCUGUUUGGAUCUCACAAAAAGAAGCCGUGUGUCCAAGCCCAGGGACCCAAAACUCGAAGUAACGUCAAAGCUGAUAACACAAAGGACAAAGGGCAUUUAAUGCAGAACAGCGAUGGUGAGCAAAGACUGAGCAAAGGCUUCAGUAACAGAGGCCGUCAAUCUCAAAGGCAGAAACAUCAGAAGAAGAAGAAGGAUGGACAGAAAGAUCCAUAUCAGCACAAGGAGGGACGGAGAGGGAGAUUUUCCCGUGGACAAGGAAGACCGAUGUCUGGGAGAGGUGGGAGAGGCAGUGGACAUGAAAAUGACAUGAUGGACUUUCAAGUGAAGCCAAGGUUCAUGUCUCAGGAGUUCAAGGACCAGAAUGCGCUCUUGGUGGACGGGCGGUUACUUUGUCGACAUUUUCUUUACGGACGAUGCAUAAAGGCUGAGAGUUGCCAGCUGGAGCAUAUUCAGGGUUACAACGAUCUCAUCAAAGAAGUCUGUAAAUUUUAUAUCCAAGGCUUCUGCACAAAAGGGGAGAGCUGUCCGUACAUGCACAAGUCCUUUCCUUGCAAGUUUUUCCACAGAAAAGGAAAAUGCUAUCAAGGAGAAGACUGCAGGUUUUCCCACGAGCCGCUUACUGACGUCACAGGAAAACUGUUGGAUGAGUUAUUAAAACGGCAACGUGACCUCUCUGAACUUGCAAAAAAAGCUGAGCAGGAGCCUUUGGGAGAGCCGGAGAGCAAAGAGGAGGCAGGAAUGACCGAAACAAACGGGACCCCCAAUGUUCUCAUGGACCCGCUCAGGCCUAACUUUUACCACAGCUCAGAUGCAGAUGCAGCUACAGAGGGGGAACCCUCAGUACACCAGAUAGAAGAAAUGGCCACAUUUACAGAUGAAGCUGUUCUUCAGUGUGCAGCAGACACCGCCCGACCUCACAGCCCUUCAUCAACCAGCAGUAACCGCCCGGAGCCAGUUUGUUAUUCAGUGGAAGCCAUGCUUGGACCUCAGCUGUUCAGGUCUUUCCCUAUCUUCUAUAAUACUCCUGAAAGCAAAGAAUCUACUACUCCUGGUGCAGAGACCACCUCCAAGGCCACUUUAGGCUCCACGACACAAAAGGAAGUUCCCUACUCGGUUGAUGCUGUCCUCAGGUCCUUAAAGUCAGUGGAAAAUUCAACCCUUGGUCAAAGACCUACUGCUUCAAGUGUAAAAACUGAGGAAAUCCCGGAUCCUCUCUUAAGUUCACAACAUCAAAUACAAAAAGUCUCACUGAGUACCAAACAUGAGCCAAACAAACCCCCCAAGAAAAUGUACAAGAGCCUGUCUUCUCGACAAGCGCACGGCAGCCUGAUUUCUAGCUCUGAUCUUACUCUUUCCUCUGGUACUCAGAAGCAAUGUGGAGCUAUGCCAGAGUCCCUGAAAUCUGCUGAAAUGGUUUUUCAUGAAGUUAAACUGGAGCGUUUGCAUCCUCCUGUUAUAGAUGAAGGUAAUCCUGCAUCUUCCAAAAGCAAAUCAGACAUGAAUGAAAGCUCACAGCUUCCUACAGAUAACACCUGUCCUCCCAAACAUCUCUCGGGUAUUUCUCCCUCUUCAGGUGUCUCAGAGUUUAAAAGCAGAACUUCUGCUCCUGUUGAACCUGCAGCUAGCUCCAUUAAGACUAGUGACUCUGCAAACAUUGCCGUUCAUCAUUUUGCAGGAAUGCAGCUUGCUGAGAUCUCUCGGUACCCAAGAAAGACAAAAUCUGUCUUCCAACCCGGUGCACAGAAACGCUGUUCUGCUAAAAUGUCACCACAGUGCAGCGGGGAGACUCCAACUCGAGCUGAUUGUUCAGCUGGAUGUAAAAAGACUCAGAAAAUCCCCUUCAGUUGCCUUUUUAAAAACCCAAUCACUGAGAGCGUGACACCGACACCUGACCCGGUGAGAGCCCCACAGUCUGCACAUUUCACAAGCGAAGAAGGACAUUUAAAAACUGAAGUCAAACCUGAGAAAAACUCUGCUGCUUCCUUCCUCAGCCUUUUUGCACACCCCCUCACUGAGACUUUGCCUCCCUGCAGUCAGGCGUCAGCUGAGAGUCCUUUUCAAAGCGUUUCUCAUGUAGUGUCGGCUCCUUUGUGCCAGGUCCAAACUGAUGUCAAACAAAGUCCUCAUAGUUGCUCCACAACCUCUGAAGCUGAGCCUGAUCCUGUAAAGCAGCCAGCAGGCCCAGCUUGCAGCAUCGUGCAGGAUUCAAUCAAGGAGACUUCCUCCAGUUCAGCUCCGGGUGGUCCGAAUCCAUCUGAAACUUCGGCACAGCAGCAACUGCCUGACGUCUCAUCGCCCACACGGGCGCUAAAGGAUUCAGUCCUGAAAUCCCUGUUUGUGAGCCUGAGCCCAUACCAGGAGGAUGGAGAGCAGCGGGACGGCAUUCAGAUCAGUGAAAUAGAAAUGAACAAUAAAGGUGGUGUUGGGCACACUUUUGGAAAACAACAGAGUGAAGAAAAGAAGCAUCCGACGUCCAGCAGUCGGCCCACCGUGAAGGCGUCUGCACGCUCAACAGACGACCAGCUUUCUUUUCAAACUCCUCAGAACUCCUCAGAGGUAACAGCUGGGCCGACCCUCAGCAGUCCAGGUGUGACCGAACCUCAGGUUAGAAACUCUGGCACGCACAAGCUGCCACUGGAACCAGCAACACCGGAGAUCAACCACCACACCGACCCGAGAGAGACGCACUGCUCUAGGAAAGAAAAGAGGGGGCGUGGGAGGGUGGGGGUGACUCCACUGAAGGACCUUUUUAAGACUCUGGACAGCGCUGUUUUCCACCUGGGACGUUAACGUUAGGUUUCCUCUGUUAAAAUCAUACUAGUGAUGGGACUGUGACUGUGUACUAAACCUGCACGUUUGCAUGUUCAUCCAUGCAUCACCAAAGUUUUGACUAAAUCAUAUCGGUGCAUCAAACCAGAUUAUCAGUGUUUGCACAGGCCUGUCAGUCUGUUGGGGUUUUUUUGGAAAUGACACUAAAACUGACACUUUUUUCCUGCAGUGUUUAUUUUUUUUUGCUUUGUGAUCAGUCACGUAACGGUGUUCAGCGUCUGACACAUUUAAUUAAAUCCUAUGUUUUAACAGGCUCGUGUUAUUUUUCAUAUUCACUGUUUACAUGUCUAAACAAAAACUCCCUGGAGCGUCUGCAGAUUGUCCAAAAUGCUGCAGCAAGGCUUCUGACAAGAACAUCUAAGUACUCUCAUGUGACACCGUUGCUUAUACAGCUGCACUGGCUCCCCGUUGAAUUCAGAGUCCAUUUUAAGAUACUGGUUCUGACAUUUAAAGCUCUUCAAGGACAAGCACCAGCCUACAUCAUUGAACUUUUACAGCCCUAUGUCCCUAGUAGGUCCCUGAGGUCUUGUGAUCUGGGCCUACUUGUUAUUCAGCAUACUAGGCUGAAAACCAAGGGUGAUAGAGCUUUUGCCACUGUGGCCGCCAGACUGGAACUCGCUUCCUCAGAACUUAAGAUCUGCAGACUCAUUGAUUACUUUUAAAAAACAGCUAAAAACACAUCUUUUUAGAAUUGCAUUUUGUUAACUUUGGACUGUUUUUGUUUUAUACCUUGUGAAGCACUUUGUGAUCUUUUAUCUAGAAAUGUGCUAUAUAAAUAAAAUUUUACUUACUUACUUACUUAUUUUCUUUCUACAUUAUUUUUAUACAUUCCUGUGACUUAAAUUUAGCUCACUGUAGAGAUUUUUUUAUUAAAAACAUGUUUAUUUUAAUUAAAUAAUAACCCAAAACACUCAUUUGUGCCUCAAAUGUUUUGGUAAAGGUGUAAAAUCUUCUACUUUGAUACUGUAAGUAAACUUUAUGCAUAUAUUCUAAAUUGUCUGAUUUUUAGCAUUUGUGCCACAAAUUUGUUUCCAUUUCCAGUGAAUAUUUGCCAGUUU